AUGAAGCAAACGGAAAACACCGAGCAGAACCAUGCCGACCAGGGAGUUAUCGUCGACCCGGAAUGUUUGAUCAAGCACCCGCUGCAGUCAACCUGGACGCUCUGGUACCAGAAACCGGACCGCAUCAAAUCGUGGGAAGACACCCUGAACGAGGUGACCAGAUUUUCCACCGUCGAGGACUUUUGGAGUCUACUCAACCACAUAAAGAGCCUGGCCGACAAUAAGGUCGGUAGCGAUUACUCUUUGUUCAAGAAGGACAUCCGUCUGAUGGGGAAAACGAUAGCAACAAGCGCGGCGGCCCGCAGCUGGUCAAUGACGAUGCGGCUCAAGGAGGGAAAGUGGAAAAAGAGGGCGAACAUCCGACGGCUGAUCGUGACGCUUAACAAUGCCUGGGCAUUGACCCCGACACACUUCUUCCCGGAGACCGGAAAGGGCAAGCUAAGACGACCGUACUAA